AUGGAUGAAGGAAAAUUUCAAUUAACUGAUCAAAUGCAAAAGCUCACCUUCACUCAUGAGACUACUGUUGCUCCGUGUGUCGAUUUUUCUGGAUCAAUUAAUGGGUUUGCUUUUAUUGAGUAUCAUUCCAUUAUCGUCGGCACUGUUCCACUAAAUAUUUCAUUGGAUGUUAUCGGUUUCGUGGUCGCAAUUGGUAAAAUUGAUGCUCGAAAUGAAGAUAGAAAGAGGCAUAAGAUGAGACUACAAAUCCAAGACGUCAAUGGUUCUCAAUUGGAUGUUAACCUAUGGGGAGAUUAUUGUUACAAAUUGAAUGAAUACAUCCAAAAGAAUCCAAACAUUCUUCGCAUUGUCAUAAUCCUUCAAUUUGCAAAGAUUAAUCUGUGGCAAGAUCGGCGAUAUGUUAAUACAUAUUAUGAUGUAACAAAGUUCAUCAUCAAUACUGAAAUUGAUGAGAUAAAAGUUUUCAAAAAAAUUUUGAAUCAAGAUGGUCCCCAUGAAAACUCAUCCAGUACUUUCUCCUAUAUGAAAUCUAAUCGAAGUUCCUAUAUGAAAUCUAAUCGAAGUUCUGACAAGGAUGAUUUUGUGCUUAAUCAUGAGCUGAAAACAAUCGCUGAUAUUUUCGAACCAAUUGAGAUAAAAAAGUAUGUUAUUGUUGCGACCAUAAAAGGAAUUCUUCAGCACACAUCUUGGCAUUACCCGGCAUGUACAAAUUGCAAUACAAAGGCGGUUCCAAAAAAUCCUUCCAAUGAACCCAGUCUCACCGGAUCACUCAAAAAUGAAACAUAUGAAUGUCGAAAUCCAAAAUGCACAAAAACUGAAACAUUAACAGUUCCGAGGUUCAUGAUUCCGGUAAGAGUUCAAGAUCAUACUGGAAGUAUGACUUUAACAAUGUUUGAACAAGAUGCGAAAAAGCUUCUAAAAAUUUCUGCAAAAGAUUUGGUUGCAAAAACAGCUAAGCUUGGCUUUUGUACUAACGCAUACCCGUCAGAUAUUAAUGUGUUGAAAGAUAUGAAAUUGGCUUUCAUAGUUUCUGUUUCGAAAUACAAUGUGCAAAGGAACACCAAUCAAUAUACUAUUUCCAGGAUUAGUGAUGAUGAGAUAUUGAUUGAGGAGUUGGAAAAAAAGUUUGUCAUUGCAGAGGGAGUUAAUUCACAAUCGUUUGAACAUGGUACCACUGAUUGUGAAUCUCAAGAUAACAUAUUUAUAAAGGAUGCCAUAUCUCAGACUGAUGAUAAUGUGACACCAAUGAAUGUUUUCAAAUCGACAGCCACAAGCCCAAAAAAAAAAAUUUAA